AUGGACAGCUGUGUUAGCCUCACCUACAGCUCGAAAGAGGAAGCGGGCCGGCACGCUGUGGCACGACGUCAUCUCUCUCCCGGCGAACUCGUGCUCGCUGCGGCGCCGUUUGGGCUCGUCAUGAACCCAAAUUACUGCCCCAGCGCCCUCUACCUCUCCUCCAAAGCCACCGCGAAGUCAGAUGCGGCAACCGGUGUCUCAAGCGCAGAACCGGGUGGCAAGACGGCGAAGAAGGCAGGAGGAGGGCAUGGCUGUGAUAAUCGAGCGAACAACGCGGCCGCGGCAUCGGCAGCGGGCGAAUCGGCGUCUGCGUCGCACCACGCGCAUACACUGAAGGACGAGGCUGGCGUGCAGGGCGAGGUGUCGCCGACGAGCACCUCUCGCUGGUACACUACGACGCCGACGUGGUGCUCCGUGUGCUUUCAAGAGAUCCCUGCAGGCCGGUGGCUGUGCAACCGUUGGAGCCUCACCGAGCUGGCAAUGGACAUUGCUCAGGAGCAAGAGGAGCUUGACCGAAGUAUCAGGGUCGCCGAGGCACGGGCCCCUGGCUCUGACAAAGUUAACAGAGGCGACGAGGGCGGCGACGACGCGGCCUCCGCAGCUGCAGCAGCGGCGCUCCGCAAGUUGAGGAAGCCGUCCAAGUCUUCCGAGACCCGCAAGCAUGGCGCGGUGGAGCUAAAGCAGCGUUUGCUCGAAAAGGCUCUUGCGCUGCGGGAGGAGCUCCUCUUGCGGCGGCGGCAGCGUCGUCGUCGUGUUGAGGAAGAGCUGCCGGUGCUGCGCCGCGAAGGGUGGGAGACGUCGACAUCAUCCUCGUCUUUCGCGGCGGGAGCGGCGUAUGGCGAGCCGGCCAUGUCUGGCUGCGCCGGCUGUGGGGUCCUCUGCUUCUGCUCCGAGGCGUGUUGGCGCGCCCAUCGCGACGAGCACGAGCAGAGCGGCGAAUGUGCCUUGCUGCGGUCUCUGUACCCUCGGCUCAUGGCUGCGUACUACACGAUGGGCGUGGUCAGCUCUUCGGCAAGCACCGGCGGCGCGUGCAGCACUGUGGUGAUGCCGGGGGACGAACCACUGCACUGGGCACGGUCGACAAGCGAGCCGCGAAUGCUUGAGUUUCAGUCGCUGCUCUUCAGUGCCAUUGUGGUGGCACGUGCGUGCCGUGCCGGGUACCAGGCACGCUGCGCCGCUGCAGCUGAGGAUGCCGCUGUGCGCUUGGAGGGCGGCGUCGCGGCGCAGGUGGUAGCGCCCUCCGCUGCUGAUGGCGGUUCAGCUUCUGUCGAAGCUAAAUCGCAAGCCAACACCUUGGACGAGCAAUCGCUGCUGCCUACAAGUCCCAGCGCGGUGUCGGGCCGAGGUGAGCAGCGCAGCUCAGACACGCUGGUGGCAAGCUCCACCUCAACAACGGUGGACUCGGUGGCCAUUCCCAAGGAGGUGCGGUUGAUUAACGAGAUUCGCGCCAAGGCGGGUCUGGCAGGCACGGUGGAGGUGCUCGACGCUGACCCUGAGCUGCGACGCUUUGCUCGUGGGGUAUCGGAACCGAGAGACCACUCAAGCACUGAAGGGCUGCCGGAUAUCUCCAGCGACUCACCUGCUGCGGACCCGUGUGCCGUCAGAACGACGAAUGCGGCACGGGUGUGCAGCUGUGCCAGCGUUAGCACCACCAGGGGCGGUGCCGACCACGACCCUCUUCCGCAGCUCCGUACACGAACUCCGCAAUACGCGGACUUGGCUCAGAUGGAGACAAACUUGUCCGUCAUCUCGAAGCAUAAUCGCAGCACAUACCAGCGUUACUACCGUGCCUUCGCGAAGCGGGUGCUGCCGGUGCUUCAGCAGCUUCUGCUUCACCAACAGAGAGGCGUCACCGUCGGCGUCAGUGACGGUGACAGCUGUGUGGAUGCAGCAUCGCGGCCGUUGGCGCAUCCGGAAGAGGGCACUGGCGACGUGCUGCAGGUAUCGGAGGUGUACUUUCAGCGACUGUGCGCGGCUGUGCAGUGCAACAGUUUCGGUGUCUAUGAUACGCAGGACCACUGCAUCGGUUUCGGCAUAUACCCAGAGGCAUCGUACUUUAACCACUCCUGCGUGCCGAACUUGUGCCGCGUCAUGCAUCAUGGCAGCCGCAUCGCCGCUUUCUACGCACUGCGCGCUAUUGCGGCACAGGAACCGCUGACAAUUUGCUACACAGAUGUGGAGCAGCUGAACAGUGCCGAGCGGCGCCGGAAUCUGCUCAGCACUUACCGCUUCUUCUGCAUGUGUGAGCGAUGCAGCGGAAAGGCUGAGGGGCCGCAGAUGGCGAUCGCCGCCGCAGGCAACUGCGAGAGUGUCAGCGGCCCGUGCUCCGGCUGUGUGGAGGUUUCGCCGGGGGCCUUCGAGAACCCACUGCUGUUAUGUGCUGAGUGCCCGAUUCACGGAUAUCUGCGUCCGCUGCCUCCACCGUUUUAUAGCUCCUCGCCUGCGAAGUCUGACUCUUCCCCCACAUGGACACCGUCGUGGACCAUGCAGGAAGUGAAGAUGCGGGAGUGCACGGUGUGCCGGUCACGAGUCGUGCGCGAAGCUGUGGCUGCUGCAGCGACGCUUCAGUGA